ACUUCUUUGACUUCGCCUGCUGCUGCUGCUGCUGCUGUUGCUGCUGCUGCUCGCUGUUGUGCGUGGAUGGCGUCUGCAGAACGAGCACACCCACCCACCUGUCCACCAACUGCUGCCCGCUGCCCGGCCUCAGGUGAAACGAACGGCUGCGCAGCGGAUGCUCGCAGAAUCUCUGCCGCCUGCUGGCUCCCUCUUCUCUGCUCCUUCUACUGCCAAAUACGACUGCACAGAACUUGCAUUGCUGUGCAGCUCGAUCCCAUCACACAUUACAUGUCCGGCCAUCCCUGCUUUUUCUUCUUCUUCUUCUUCUUCUUCUUCUUCUUCUUCUCUCUCUCGCUGUGAAUGACCAGUCGGCCCUCAUAUCCUGCCACUCCAUCCAGAAACCGUUGGGGCCUCAUUUUCCCGCUUGCCCCCAACCGGCCUCGCUUCGCUACCUUGCAGGCGAUCGUUUCCUUUUCCCAAUUCUCCUGUCCCAAUCCGGCCACCCUUUCUCACUCCCCAGAGCUAAUUCGUACCCGGCACUGCACUUCCUCGCUCCAUUUGCUAGCCUACGGGCGGCCUUCCUGUCCGUCUCUCACAGUGCGCGUGCCUCUGUUUGCGUCCUCGAUAUAUCUUUGUAUUUGCCAUGUACUGUAUCAGCCACUCUGUACCAGUGCCAAUACGCCCAGCGGACAAUGGUGCCGCCAUGUAAACCACCAACAACGAACGCCAGUAUACGUAUGCCACUUGAACUCCCGAGAACAAUCCAUGGCCUCUCGCUCUGUAGGCAAUCAAUCCGGGAUAUCUACCUGGAGUGCAUGCAGUCCAUACUAGCACAAUUCGACGCACAACACCGACCACUACAGAUAUGCACGUGUCUAUCUUCUAUGCAUCCUCACCAUCCCUCCUGUUUCUCUCUCUUCUUUGCUUUGCUUUUUUUAUCCCCACUCUCAGCUGCUAGCUGCCAGCUGCACCGCCCUGGCCCGCGCUUUUUUGUACCCAUCGUCUUUUCCCCCGCCAUCGACCCGGUUCGAUAUCGA